AUGGGGCUCCUGGGUGGAAUCACAACAGCUCUCUAUGCGUCGAGCGUCCUCGCUGGGCAGGAUGUUUCGGCUAAUGACAUCUUGAAAUAUGUCGAUCCUUUGAUUGGCACUUCAAAUGGAGGACAUGUUUUCGCAGGAGCCACUUUGCCAUUUGGAAUGGCCAAAGCUGUCGCAGACACAAAAGGCGAGAACCAGGCAGGCUUUGCUUUUGAUACAGAAGUCGUCACCGGGUUCUCGCAUAUGCAUGAUGAUGGGACUGGCGGCUCGCCAUCAAUGGGAAACUUUCCUAUAUUCGCCCAAGCCAAUUGCCCGCAUGAUGAUAUCAAACAAUGCAAGUGGCAGCAGGAUGAUAGAGCGUCUAUUUGGGACAAGGAGUCUCCAAAAGCUCGCCCUGGAUAUUUUGGCAUAUCAUUGGCGAAUGGCGUUCGUGCGGAAAUGACAACGACAAAUCGAUCUGCUUUGUAUCGCUUCACCUUCACUGACACCAGUGAACCACUCAGUCCAGUCAUUCUUCUGGACUUGAUGGAUUUGCCCCAGUCACGAUCAAAUGGAAGUGCUGGUGUUGAUCCAAAGACCGGGCGUCUUACAGGAAGUGGUGUCUUCUCUCCUAGCUUCGGUAUUGGCACCUACAAGUCCUAUGCCUGUGUGGAUUUCAAAGGAGCAGAGCUUCGCGAUACAGGAAGCUGGGCGAACAAGACAGUCAACACCGCCCAAAAUAUAUUGGAACUUGGGUCUAACACAGAUUCUGCACUCUCAGCCGGUACAUUUGCCAGAUUUAACGCUCCCAAAGAUGGCAGCAUUCUUGCUCGUGUUGGAGUCAGCUUCAUUAGUGUCCAACAAGCAUGCUCUAAUGCCGAGCGAGAACAACCUGACUUCGAUUUCGAAGGCACCGUUUCUGCAGCUGAGUCCGCUUGGCAAAAGAAGCUGAAUGUCGUCUCUGUGGAUGCCACUGGGGUUUCCUCGGACUUGCAAAAGGUGUUCUGGAGUGGAGCAUACCGAACAUUGAUCAGUCCCCAGGACUAUACCGGCGAAAACCCUCUCUGGAAAAGUGAUGAGCCGUAUUAUGACAGCUUCUAUUGCAUCUGGGACUCUUUUCGCAGCAUCCAUCCACUGCUAACUUUGAUUGAUCCUAAGUCGCAAUCACUCAUGAUCCGGAGUUUGAUCGACACCUACAGACAUGAGGGAUAUUUACCUGACUGUCGCAUGUCGCUCUGCAAAGGCUUCACACAAGGCGGCUCUAAUGCGGAUGUCGUCAUAGCCGAUGGGUAUUUGAAAAAGGUUCCAGGUAUUGAUUGGGAUACUGCCUAUGAGGCUGUUGUCAAAGACGCAGAGGUAGAAGCCCCGAACUGGGACGUUGAAGGCCGAGGUGGUCUUCACAGCUGGAAAAACCUAGGUUAUAUUCCAUAUCAAGAUUCUGAUCCCUAUGGUAAAGGAACACACACUCGGAGUGUUUCACGGACCGUGGAAUAUGCCUAUAACGACUUCUGCAUCGCUGAAAUGGCGCAGGGCAUGGGUCACAAGGCCGACUAUGAGAAAUACACGAAGCGAUCAGGCAAUUGGGCCCAUGUGUUCAAAGCAGACCAAAAAUCAAGUAUUAAGGGUGUCGACACUGGUUUCACUGGGUACCUGCAGCCUCGGUUUAUGAAUGGCUCAUGGGCCUACCAAGACCCGAUAUUUUGCAGUCCACUUUUGAACUUUGACUCGUGUUAUCUCAAUCCCGAUGGCCAUGAGACGUAUGAGGGCAGUGCAUGGAUGUACACGUUCUACGCACCCCACGAUAUGGGCUCUCUGAUCAAGACUCUUGGCGGCGCCGAGUCCUUCGCCUCUCGACUGAGCUAUCUCCACGAUUCCGGACUGCUCUACGUAGGUGACGAGCAGGCCUUCCUGCCCGUUUUCCAAUUCCACUACGCCGGACGCCCAGGCCUCUCAGCAAAGCAAAGCCAUUCCUACAUCCCAUCACAGUUCAACACAACCGUCAAUGGCAUCGCCGGAAACGACGACAGCGGAGCCAUGGGCUCUUUCAUCGCUCUCAGCAUGAUGGAAGUCAGCAUUCGCAACGACCUCACUGGAAAGGUUGCCACUAUCCGGAACAUCAAUUUCGAUCCUACUUACAAGUCUAUCUACAUCCAGAGCGCUACAUGGAAUGGCAAGCCCUGGACGAAGAACUGGCUCACUCAUGACUUCUUCACCGAAGGUGGUGUACUUGAGCUUGAGUUGGGUCCUAAAGAGAGCCCGUGGGGUACCCGCGUGGAAGAUCUUCCUCCUAGUAUGAGUGACUAUGAGUGA